AUGGCGUUGGCUCCCUCAGAGGCGCCAUCCCCCCACGAAGCAGAUGGCUGCCACCUGGGCCGCCCCAUCUUUGAGUUCCUAGACCACCCCGCCAUCCUCCGCUUUCGCAAGGACUACCAGCACCACCGACUGGGUCGAGCGAAGGGGGCGAAGGGUGAGGUAUGUGAGGCUCUGAAGGAGGUGGAGCAGGAGAAGUGUUAUCAGCAGCCUCAUCAGCAGCAGCAGCAGGAGCAGCAGCAGCAGCAGCAGCAGCAGCAGGCGCAUGCAGCCCCAUUGCCUGAAGGUAUAUCUGAAGAUGACGCCGAGUCUCUUCUCUCUCCUUUUGGGGCUUAUGACGCCGACUCUCCCUUCCACAGAGAUGAACAGCUCCUCAUACAAAUCGCCAGAUGGAGAAUGGCUUACCAGAGAUUCAGGGAGCUGCAAGAGGAGCUGCAGGAGACCUUGAGGAGAUCGCCAAGGGCCUCAGUCUGUCCGUGA